AUGCUGCGUACCCGCGACUCGCUCGCGACGCCGGCGCCGUCGUCGGACCAUGAUGUGGCAUUCCCUCCGGAGAAGGUGACAGUGUCGGAGCUGAGUGGGCGCCCUGCCCAUACAGAGCGUCUGCCAUCGCCUCCUCCAAGCUCGCCGCCCCGCGACGCGCCGAUGGAUGUGCCCAGCCGCCGCGGGUGCUCGCCGACGAAGCCGGUCCGCACGACGCCCAUGCGUCUUAAGAACAUCGAGCCGCCGCGUAUCGUCACUAUGGAUGCGGCAGAGACGUCGCUAUCUGCCAGCUAUACACACACGUACCUUUUUGGACGGUGCAAGGACACCGAGCGCGCCACACAGCUGGCUGCGAGCCCUGCGUUCCUUGGCACACAGCCCGUCGUCCUUGUCUGCCUACCCGAGUCCGCGAAGCAUGCGAGCCGCGUGCAUGCGCUCCUCCGCUGGGUGCCCUUCUCUCAGUUGGCCGGCCAAAAUGGCGCGCCAAUAGGUACAUUUGUCGUGCGCAUCCUCGGACAGAAUGGACUCGUGGUCCAGGGCCGCCGCCUGCGUCCGGGCCAGGUGGUGCGCCUUCUCCCCGGUACUACGCCGCUUGACUUUUUCGGCGCUACCGUCCAUGUCGAUACCCCCCCUGCGACGACGGAGCGGGCGACGCCCCCCACGCUUGCCCGCGCUUCGGUUACAUCUGUGUCGCCCACCAAGCCCGUGCAAAGUGUGCAGCCUGCCAUCCCACGUGCGCCGUCGCCAGAUGCAGAGCCUGCGCUGAAUGUGCCGUCGAGCCCGCCCCGCUGGCACAACGAUCGGGACGCGUCGCCAGACCCUGAGCCGGAGCGCGGAACGUCGCCCGAGCCGCGCGUGUACUCUCCUCCGCUGUGGCUAUCGUCGCCGGAAGACGAGCCUAGUGCGCCGCGUACGGCGACCAAAGUGUCGGCGAAAGACUCGGCGGCAGCACUGCUGGAGCAGGCGCGCUCACUCGUGGCACGCCUGGCGCCGACCUAUGACCUCGGCGGUCUCCUGGCCGGAGCCAUUGUAUUCCACCGCACCGCCACGAUUUCUGCGAGUGAGGCCGUGCGCAGUGUGCUGGCGUCCACGCCGAGCAUGCUGCGUGGCGAGGCAGGUGCUCGCGCCGCUGCUUUUAGCCCCUCGUCGCGGACCAUCGCGAGCGAGGAGGCCUCGAGCCGGGCGCCCGGCCAUGGCGAGCGCAUUCUUGGCUGGCACUCGCAGGAUGCGCGCUGGGCCUCUGUGGCACGGCAGGCGUGGCACGAGCGCUUGGAAGACGAGCUCAAGACGACGCCCAUGUUUGGCGAGAUUCAGCGUCCUGGCAAAGACACGCGCGGCAACCCACUUGAGUGCUGGUACUACUACGACAAGGAGCACGACAUGGACCGCGAGCGCGCCGAGAACUUGGGCGCGUUUGUGAAGCCGAUGCGCAAUGCUGUCCGAAGCCAAAAGCCUAUCUUCUGGAAGAAAAGCGAGUACGGCCGCGCGACGAGCCACAACGGCGCCGCGUUCGAGGACGAGAAGCUGCCGUAUUCGCCUCGCACCGCCAGCGACGAGCCCAAGGGGCGCGCACGCAAGAGCGAGCUGCUAGACUUUACGAUGGAGGAGCCGGCGCAGACGUGGGACCGCCACGGCGACCAGGAGUGGUCGGCGCGCCCGCGGAAAAAGCGCGCGGGGCAAACAGGUGCGCCGUCGCCCGCCUCGCCCUCCGUGCCAUCGACGUAG